ACGUGGCGGUUUACUUCCAUUCAUUCCUUCCUUUCAUUUUCCUCCGAGGACCGAAACCCCCAAACCCCUCGCUUCCAAUUUCACUCGUUCUCUCUCUCUCAGAACCAGAAGAAAAAUGGCAGAUGCUAAUGAUGCGGGGUCGUCCACGACGGCGACUACGAAUCCAUUGCCCCCGUUUCUGAAGAAGCUCUACGCCAUGGUGGACGACCCGGAGACCGACUCGGUUGUGUCUUGGAGCAACGGCGACAACAGCUUUGUGGUUUGGAACCCGCACGAGUUCGCCUCCAAGCUUCUGCCCAAGCACUUCAAGCACAAUAACUUCGCUAGCUUCAUCCGGCAGUUGAAUACUUACGGUUUUAAGAAGGUGGAUUCAGACCGUUAUGAAUUUGCAAAUGUGAAGUUUCUAAGAGGUCAAACACACCUUUUGAAAAGUAUCAGUAGGAGGAAACCAGUUCAUGUACCCGGUCAACAACCAACUGAAGUGCCGAGCUCCUCAGUUGGGGCAUGUGUUGAGGUAGGGAAGUUUGGGCUGGAGGAAGAGGUUAAAAGACUUGAAAGGGACAAGAAUGCUCUUAUGCAGGAACUUGUUAGGUUGAGGCAGCACCAGCAAGCAACCGAUCACCAGUUGCUGAGUGUGGGACAACGUGUGCAGCUAAUGGAGCAGAGACAGCAACAAAUGAUGUCUUUCCUUGCAAAGGCUAUGCAUAGUCCCGGCUUAUUAGCCCAGUUUGUACAGCAACAGAAUGAAAGCAAUAGGAACAUUACUGGAGUGAAUAAAAAAAGGAGACUCCAAAGUCAGGAAAAAGAAAGUGUAGCUGAUGAGGGUCGCACUAAUGCUCCCGAUGGACGGAUUAUCAAGUACCAGCCUUCGAUGAAUGAGGCAGCUAAAGCACUGCUGCAGCAGAUUUUGAAGAUGAAUGGAUCUCCUAGGGUGGAACCAUUGAUGAACAACCCUGGUGCAUUCCUUAUUGAUGAUGCUCCUUCUUCCCAUGCAUUCCAUGGUGGAAGUUCCUCGAGUCAAGUUUCGGGAGUGACCCUUUCUGAGGUUCCACCUAAUUCUGGACAGCCUUUUAUGCCAGUAGAGUCGGGAUUUCCUGUUAAACCCCCAUCUACUGCCAUUUCAGAGAUUCAAUCUUCCUCCUACAUGGUGCCUGAUCAUUCUACAGCAGCUGGAUUCCCAAAUAUUCAUGUUUAUAAUUCUGGAGAAGAGACUAUUUUGCCUGACUUCUCUGAACUGCAAGGAAUCAUGCCAGAAAGCACUUCUGAAAUCCUUGAUAUGAACUUCGUGGGGUCCGAGACUGGGAAUGCAAGUUAUGUGGAUCCAAUGUCUGUUGUUUUGGAUGUGACAACGCCCAUGAAAACUGAAGCUCUUUCUCCAGAAAGUGAUGUGGAGGCCCUGCUUGAUGAGAUCCCAGUACUUCCAGGCAUUAACGAUACUUUCUGGGAACAAUUCCUUACAGGGAGCCCGCUCACUGAGGAUGCAGAUGAAAUCAAUUCGAGUUCAUUAGCUGGUGGUGUGACUAUGGAUCAUGAGUUACCCAUAGGAGAGAAGAACAACUGGGACAAGAUUCAGUAUAUGGAUCAUCUUACUGAACAGAUGGGGCUUCUUGCAUCGAAGACUGGAAUAGCCUGACCUUCUCACCAAUUGUAUAUGCAUGUUCCUCACCAUCGAGAGGUAAACUUUUAACCAAUCACAGAUCAUAAUAAGCAUGUUCAUUGUCACCAAACUGCCAGUUUUACAAAAUGAGCCAAUGCAUACAGUAUUUGUCACUGAUCCCACAUUUGUGGUGUUUGAUCAGCCACUUAAGUGUUCCUUUUUCCCUUCAUCAGCUUGAGUUCCUGUCAUGGUGAGAAGAUUGUAUUUAUAAUGAAACUCUGUAUAUGUGAUCGGCUUUUCAGCAAAUGAUGUAAUGCCAGUUUUUCUAAUUACUAUAACACAAGGAAUUCGCUAGUACAUCGAGUAUAGUAUAUUCUGAUUCCCCUUAAGCUGUACUAAAAAAUUAUUAAGAAUUACUGACAUCUGUAUGUACUUAAAAAACUCCUGAAUUGCUUUA